GGGCUGGGUUGGGGGCGGGAAAAGGCGGGGAGACCGGGGUGUGGAAAGUGUGGCGGCCCCGCCCCGUGUCUUGGAACUGCUGCGGCCGCCACCGCCGCCGCCGCAGCAGCUGCCGCGCUGAGGUACCGGGCGCGGAUGCGCAGGCGAAAGUCCGGGUUGCCUGCUCAAAGCUGAAAGUUCCCUCGGAAGAACAGUCCUCUCCCCAGCCCACCAUGGCAGACGAAAUCGAUUUCACCACUGGAGACGCCGGGGCAUCCAGCACUUACCCUAUGCAGUGCUCGGCCCUACGCAAAAACGGCUUUGUGGUGCUGAAAGGACGACCAUGCAAAAUAGUGGAGAUGUCAACUUCCAAAACCGGAAAGCACGGCCAUGCCAAGGUUCACCUUGUUGGAAUUGAUAUUUUCACGGGCAAAAAAUAUGAAGAUAUUUGCCCUUCUACUCACAACAUGGAUGUUCCAAAUAUUAAGAGAAAUGACUAUCAACUGAUAUGCAUUCAGGAUGGUUACCUUUCCCUGCUGACAGAAACUGGUGAAGUUCGUGAGGAUCUUAAACUGCCAGAAGGUGAACUAGGCAAAGAAAUAGAAGGCAAAUACAAUGCAGGCGAAGAUGUACAGGUGUCUGUCAUGUGUGCAAUGAGUGAAGAAUAUGCUGUAGCCAUAAAGCCGUGCAAAUAAAGAGGGGGGACAUCAGGCCUGAGCGUACUGUUUAGGUCUGGGUCAGCUCCAGAUCUAAAGUCUGAUUCUAAGUUGUCACCAAAGCUAUGGCCUUCAUAAGCCACCUCAUUUUUUUUUAUUGUUUUGACAUUGUGCUGGGUUAGUUUAGUAAGCAAUUGGCAAUUUAAGAAAAUAAUCAAGAUGUAUAAUUCUUUAGUCUUAACUUUGUAGGUGUCUUUCCUAUAAUGUUCCUGUGGUUUUCAGUUUGUGAAUCCAAGAAACAGACAAGGUAGCUUCAGCAGAUGUGAUUUGUAUGAGAAAAUCAUUUCUGCAUUUUAGUUAAUGCAAAAUAAACCAGGGUUGUAAAUCAAUGUAACAUAUAGUGAUAUUACAAUACCACAUUAAGGUGAAUUGCUCGGCAUUAAUUUCAAGCUUAAUAGUAAAGAAUCCAUGUAAAAGUGAAUUGAAAUUAUCACAGUUUCAACCUCUGGCAAAAAAAUCUUUAAGCAAAAACCAUGUUAUCAAAAAGUACAGGUAUCUUGGUGGCCAUGUGCAAUCACAUGUAUUCGCUCAGUCAUACUGUUCUUUGCCAAAUGGUUGGCAAAUUUGAAAUAACCAUAUAUGGUGGUUUUAGUACCUUCUUGUGGUUAACAUGGGCAUUAAAUUGUUGGGUGAAUACACAGCGACUUCAUAAAGUUCGUGGAAAGUGGAAUUAAAAGGUAAGUUUAUUUUCCUGUAAAAAAAAUUUCAAAUCAAAAGAUCAUGAAAAAUAUGUAUUAUGAUAAAACUAUGCAUAGGAUUUCAAAAAUUUUUGCACCAAAACAGCCUUCCAUUUUCCACAAACUUUUUGAAGUGUCCACUUAUGAGCAUGUCAGACUGUAAAGAAGACAAAAAGGACAGUGGCAAAGGGGUUUGAUUAAAGCUAUAGGUUUUUAUUUGAAGCCUUUGUAAUCAGCAUAGUAAAACAAAGUUGUUUUUAGUUAUGGUUUUACUUUUAACUUUUGUAGCACCACCUGCAACCCUACAUUUAAAGUGGUGACCCGUGUUUACAAGAUACUGUGCAGCACUUUCUUUUAACCUUGUUAAUUAGAGUUGCCAUUUAUCAGCAAUUACUGCUUACCAACCACUUUUCAUUAGAUGUUUUAACAUUAAAAUAUUUGUUAGACAAAAACUGGAAAUCCUUAUUUAACUUGAUUUGGGAUAUUUGUUAAAUGCAUAUAUAUUUCUCUGAACUGAAAUGAAAAUGAAUCAUGGAAGAAAUUUACUUGAUGUGCAAAAAUUAUUUUAAACAUGUUUGUUUUCUGAUUGGUCAUAUGACUUAAUUCAAUUACUAGUAUGAAAUACAACUAGGAAAGAAUUAAGCGAACUGAAUUAUGUUAAAGGGUGUUUUAGGUGACAGCCUGAUUUUCUCUGUAAUCUUCUGGGUCACAUGUGUGUUAUUUCCAGACAUUUAGGCAUUGUUAGAGAGUUUGUGAGGAUCAUUGACUCAGUUGCAGUCGUUGUAUUGGAGUAAAACGUAGAACAAAAUCCUAACUCAGAAAUACCAUAAUUCUUUUAAGAGUGGUUCUGAAGCUUCUCACAUCAUGUGUUGGCAUCUUAAAGACCCUUAUUCCCAUGAUGUAGGAAAAUCAAUGUGGUGAUAUAACUGAUCCAGUCGGCCACUGGAACUACCACGAAGAGCAAAAGAUCCCAGUUUGAGGCGCUUAGUUUGUAAAUCCUGUUUUAUGCUCAACAAACUCAUUUGAGAAGAAGCAAGAUACUCUGAGAAAAGUGCAAGAAGAAUUCUAAAACACAAGAAAUACUGAGGUUGUUGCUAAAUGUUUUUAGUAUAAUGGUUUUAGCUUUUGCCCAUCUAAAGCAGAAUUAGGAACUAGGCUAAAUUCUUUCCAGUAUUCUAUUUAAGUAUCUACUACAUACUGUUCCAGUUUUUUAGUUCUCUGAUGUGUGUUGUACUUGCUGCUGAUUGGCAUUAUUACCCAUGGGAAUCCCAGAAAGUUAUUAAUCUGUGCUGCUUGCUGGUCAUUUAUAUGGCCUCAGUUAACCAUCCUAGUGUUUUGAAUUAGUAUCAUUUUGUAUUUUAGCAUGCCCUUGGUCUUCCCAACUUGUCAAACUUCACAUAAAUAUAUUUUCAAUUGAGAUGUAAGGAUAUACAAAUUAUAAUAAUGCAUCUCUAUCUUCAUACCUUGAAUGGCAAAAGUUAUUUAUGCAUAAAUAUCUCAAGCAUUAUAUGAAGUGUAAAUACUCUGAUAUAUAAUUAUAAUUAUAGAUUUUAAAGAUAUGGGACUGUUUAUUUUCACAUAAGUCAAUAGAUGUUUCUCUAGAGCAAAAUAUUCCAUUUAGUAAAGCUUUAUACAUUGUAUUAAAAGGAAGCAGGGAACAUAUAUUUUUAACAUAGAACAGAAGUAACUUCAUUCAUUUUUUGACAUCAGAGAAAUGUUAAAAGUGGAUUCCUAGUCUUUGUUGUAUUCUUUUGUAGCAAGUGUUCCAUAUCACAAGUUACCAUGUAUAGAAUGUAGACUGUCAUGUUGAUAGAUUAUACUGUGAUACACUACUUUUGUCUGGACACAUUUCACCACUUUAUAGACAGUAUUAUAUUAAUAUAUUCAUAAACAAAUGAAUAUUUGUUUCUUUCUACAACAUAUUUUAUUUCUAUUGUGAAGACUUUGUUAUAUCUUAUUUGCUACAGAGUUGUAUGCCUUUUGACAUAGAUCAAAUCACAGCUACUUUGACCUAGCAUUUGCAUCAUAAAUGUAAUUGUGAUGUUUCUUUCAUGCUCCCUUCCAAGGGCUGUCAGUCACUUGAAGAAAUUGUUGCUAACCAAGCUCUUGACUCAGUUUCCCUUAAUGGUACAAGCUUCUGUACUAUUGCUUUGUAUUUGUUACCAAAACUUCUGCAACCAGAAAAUAUCUUUACUAGGAAAUGCUGCAGUAAAAUGUUUAGGCUAUAGGGGACACAAUUUCUCAUUACAGCACUAUGUGAUGGUGGUACACAUGUGCACAUACAGCUUUGUAUGUUCUUUUUCCCAAAGUCCUUCCAACUCUUAAAAGUACUGUAGUCUGGUAGUGCCUCAAAUGUUGGUAACUUUUUUUUAUUUAAAAUUUUCUCCAGAAUUUGUUUUUGUACUCUAGGGUUUCUCAAUUAGAUUAUUUCUAGUUGAGCUGUAAUUUGAAUGCAUUAUUCUCAGGGCUGUUUAUGCUAAGAACUGACAUUUCAUUAAUUUCAAGCUAACUGCCUGAAAGUAUAUUGUGAAAUUUUCCCAAAUUGUAAUACAGUGAUGCAUACAUACAUAUUACAAAUUCUUAAUACCAGUCUACUUACACUACAUGCUAAAUAUUGAAUAAAAAAGAUACUGGAAUCUUGCCACACUUUUUCACUUUCGAGUAGAAUUUGUUAGUUUUACCUUAGAAACCUGUCUCCUUAAUGAUACAUCUGAGAGCAUUCCUUCAGAAAGAACCCCAAAGGUGGCAUUAGGGCCAUUCGUUGACAUAGUAGUUCUUAACAGAUUAGGGAUAACACACUGAAAAUUCAUAAUCCUCUUUUGAGUACAUUAAAAUGUUUACAUAAUGAUCUUGAAAAUGAACUAGGAACACAUUUACUCUGACAAAAUAUGGCUUUUAAUAGAAGAGCAAAAACAUAAGAAUAUUUCCAUAAGCAGUAUAUUGUAUGGAUCAAUAGUUUGAGGUUUUCUAAUAUCAUGCAGGCACAAUAUUUCAUAGUGUGCAAGUCUUUUUAUUUUUCCUGCUAGCAUUGAGACAAAUAAUUGGCAACAAAGGUUUAAGAAAAUUUAUUGUAGAAAUUUUUUGUGUGUGUUGAAAAUCUUAAGGUUGAGAAAACUCAAUCUAUUAACUUUAUUAAAUUUAUUUUUUCAGAAUUGGGUAUACGGUAUCAUUAUUUGGUUUUGUAGGGAACAUUUGGAUUUAGCUUACAGACCACAGAUGUUCUGUGGGAACAUAGCUGGAAGUCACUAUAUAAUUUGUUUUUCU